AUGAGCUCUGAAUGGGCCCAAAAAACCAAGCUAACACGGCUGGUUAUGAAUGCGGUUGGAUUGCUGAUUUUUGACGAAAAUUGCAACGUUAUUGAAGCGUCAGGCGUCGGAAAAGACCGUUUAGCAGACAUCGUAACAAUCAGCCAAAAUCCGGUCGGCAACGAAGGUUUUGGAGCGCUAGAAGGAUCAAAUUUGAAGGCCGCGGUGUACCAGCGGGAUGGGAAGACUGUUGUCGUUUACACGGCUCUAAAUAGCUGA